GGUUAAGUUGAUGUUUUUCAAAAAACUGACUUGUCAAAAUGAUAAUAUCUAAACAAUAAGCCAAAAUGAACGGAAACCUCAAACAAAAUGCGGAAUCGCAAUUGCAAGUUGCAAUUGGGAUUCUUCUUUGUUCAGUCGCAGAUAAAAGCCCCCUAGUCGUGGACACUGUUAAUAGUUCUUUGAAGAAGUUGGCCGACAAACAUCCCAAUCAAGUGCUUAAUUGCUGUAUAACUUUUUGCACGAAAGCCAAAAAGCCAAGCAAUGAGCAUAUUGCUGCAAUACUUGAAAUUAUGGAGACUGUUUGUACGGACAAUAUAGCCACUAUAGAUGGAGACUCUAUUCUUGCUAUUAUUGAGUUUAGUUUAAAUGUUAUGGUGGAAACGUCAGGGCUGGAGCCAUUAGUACAAAAGCCUGCAUCUGGGAUUUUGGUUGCAUUGGGACGGGAGCACUACAUUCAAGUGAUGGAAUCUUUGCUUAAAAAACUGCAAGCAGGGGUUGUUCCACAUUAUAUGAUACCACAUACGUUGGGGUCCUUGGCCAAUGUAAAUCCCUAUGGGGUUGUGCCAUAUUUAAAAAAUAUUUUGAAUAUUAUUUUACCUCUGAUUGGAAAUUUGCGCCCUGAGAAUUUGAGAACUGCAUUUUCUUUUGCAAUUGGAAGCUUCUGCAACGCUUUAGUAGAGUACUGCGCAAACAUAGACCAAGUGCCCGACAGCACUAUCUCCAUAGAAAACUUCAACGUCGAAAUAGGCAUGGCAUACGACGUUCUUUUUUCUUCGUGGCUGCAGACCCGCGACCCGAAGGUGGCCGAGGCCGUCCUCAACGCCAUCUCCGACGUCUUUCCCGUACUAAGCGUGGAAAAAGUGUCGCAACAAACGCCGAAAGUGAUAAACACGCUGCUAUCGCUGUACAAGAGGAACGGGGAUUCCUACACGGUCACCAAAUGUCUCGGGGCUGUCGUGCAGAAGGCCGCGACCGUCAACGGGACCCUGCUGGAGCCGCUGUUGGCCAACGUCCUGCACAGCCUCAGCGAUUUGGUGUGCAUUUCCCCCGACUACGCCAAACCGGAGUCGCUGAGGGGGCACUUUGAAGUGCUUAGAUGCUACGAGUGUUUUGCUUUGUACUUCACUGAUAGCACCAUGGAUCAGCUUUUGAAUCAGUUGAAAAACAAUAACGAACGGGAAAGGAUCAAGUCGCUCAUUGUUUUGACUCAUCUUGUUUCCUACUCUGGAGAAAAUACGAUCAGUAGAAGAUUUAAGGAUGUACUUAAACUGCUAAAUGAUCUACUGAACGAUCCCAGCAUAAGGGUUAAAAGGGCUCUGGUGAAGAUUAUAGUUGCUUUUGCUAUCAAAAAAGUUCUGCUUAACAAAGAAUGUAACCCUGAGGGCCCCAUGAAGUACAUGGAGUUCAUCCUAAAAAUGUGCUGCAAACAAACAAUCCCGAAAAACAACGACCUGUCCCCGCUAGAAAUGUCGGACAUCCAAAAAUCCGCCGACAACACCCUCUACAUGCUAAGCACUUCGGUGCCAGAAUUGGAAAACAUUUUGUGGAUCCUGCUUUUGCAGUGCUUCCUGGGGCCGGUCUACGACGACGCCGUCGUGAUUCUGCUGAGAUGCUUGACGCAUCUGGCGUCGAAACGCGAGAGCGUCGGCAGCUGCGAAGCUGCGUUUGUCAGAUGUUUGGGGUUACUGGCCGAUCCACUGCCAGCGUUUAGAGGGACUUUUAUUUUGAAUUUUUUGAGAAACAUCAAGCCCUGUGAACUCGAAGGGUACAAGCCCGUGUGGGAUUCGAAAAUACCGCAGCUGAUCAAGUAUUUGGAGCAAAAUUACGACAACUUGAAUUAUUCCGAGUGGCACGAUUUGCUCUUCGAUUUUGUAUCGUUGCUUUUGCAGUCGGUUAAAAGCGAGUCUUUCAGCGAGAUUAUCGUUUUUCAAAGCAGAAAGCAAUUGGAGAUUUAUAACAAUAAUAGGUACAUGAGCAGUGGUGGUGGUGAUUUAAAUUCAAAGCAAAUGGAGAAGAAAUUCCUUCUUAAAUGCUUGGCUAUCACACUUUGCUCUUUGAACGAUAAAGAAACCGUAUUGCAAACACUAGAAAACAUACUGGUCAACGUAAGGUUGAACGACUACAAGGAACUCCACACUGCAGGUGAAGCUAUCGGCAUAUGCUCGAGGUCGCACCUGCAAAUAGUUCUCGACAAACUCUCAGACAUCCGUAAAAACGUUCUUUUAAAAAAAUCUUCAAAGUUCUUCUCGUUCAUCAAAGAUCAAAAGCACGAUUUGGACAUCGAAAGACUUCGUUACGCGGUCAUAUACAGCUACUCUGAAGUUUGCAACGAAGCCCCAGCCGAGAAACUUCUGCAAGUGAUAGAAAGCAAUAUUUUGGAGUACAUUUUGACAGAACUAGCCGCCGCUAAAGAUUUUCAAAUACGUAAGGCCUGCUUGAUCGCCAUAAGCAGCAUUGCCGAUGCCAUGCACCCCAACAGAAACUCUCUACACAUCCGCUUAAACGAAAGGGAUAGAGUUGUAGAUUUGGUUUCAGCGCAGAUACAGUUGCAUAAUGGCCAGGAGUACAUAGAGCUGUUCCCGGGCAUUAUAAGUGCCAUAACUUCGCUGGUAAAGUUACCGUUACCUUUGGAAUCAGAGGAGAGGAUAAAGUUACUGAAGUUAUUCUUCGAUAACGUUUUUAACGCCGCGGCAAUCUACUGCAAAAUCAAUACGGACAACAGAGAGAACUAUUAUGGCGACCUGAAAAUGGUCCCACAUAUAACCAAGAGUUUCGCCGAGUUAAACCUUUUGGUGCAAGAGUUGAUGCUUCAAAGUCUAUCCCCCGCGACUUUGGAUGAAAUCGCGACCCUUCUGGAGCCGUGGCUGAGCAGGAAAAAGCAGGAACAACGACACCCAGCCUGCGACGCCCUAAAAUUGGUCCUGCAGACUUAUCUCAACAACAUGAAGUUCGCGUACGAUUGCCCGAGCACUUUCGGACAGACCGGGUCGGUUUUGGCGCACAUAAUACCGAGGUGUACGGACCCAAACAAGAACAUACGCAAGAUAGCGGUCGAGUGCGUUUGCUUGACUCUAUGCAUAGCAGCUAGAUACGAGGGCCACAUGAAGGAUCACGACAAAGUCCUGACGAACUCUCUUCAACACAUCCAACACCAAAUCGAAUCGGACGAUCCAAAGUUAUUGUACAACUUAACUUCGGAUCUGGCUCAUGUUGUUUGCAUUAACAUGCCGCAAUUCCAACUUAUUCAUCUGGUUGAUGGUUUAUCCGAUGGGCUAUUAGACUGCGAGAGUUCCAGUUCAAAUGGUACAGGGGUCGUUCUAAGUAUGACGUUGAAGAAUAAAGGAGGGGAGCUGCAAUCGCAAGUCAGCAACAUUCUGGAGAAGCUGUUGAAACAGCUGGGGAAAAUACAAUGCCAGAGGACGAGGUCUUCCACGUUGAGGGGAAUAUUAAAUUUGGCGACACAUCAUUCCAAAAUUGUUGGAAGCAUUUUGCUGGCGCAACCGUUACCAUAUGACAACAACAUAACUGAUGCAUGGAACAUCCUGUCCGUGGACCAAACCUUGGUCUUGGACUUGAUAGACCAACUAAAAAAAAUAAUUAAGCAAACACCAAUGUAUGAAGAACAAAGCAAAGACAUAAAAGUGGUUAACCUGCAAUCGUUGCAAGCUGUAUGCGCCUUGCAAGAACUCGUUAAAAACGGGCAACUAAAGGACACUUGCGUUCAACAAUUCCCGGAGAUUUUUUCGCUUUUGUUGGUAUGCCUGGCGUCCUACAUGGGCACCACGGUGCCGGCCUAUCAAGGCAGCAGCAACAAGAAGGAUAAAUACGGUUUUUUGAACAGGGAGUCGUACAAAAUGAAUCCUUGUAAGGUGGCUAUAGACACGAUGCGGCUGUUUUUCUUGUGUUGCGAUUACAAAGAUAUGGCGACGUUAUUGUUAUCUUACAACCACCUAGAGACAAGCGAGGACCCCGAAAUUUUCCUGGAGGUAACAUCAAAGUUAGUGGAGGGUAUCACGGAAGAGAACCCUCAAGCUCUAUCCUGGCUUGUAGCUUGUCUAGGACCUUUUAUACGGGCCGAACAAGACCCACAACGCAUGGCUGCGGUGGCUUUUUUUACAUAUCUAUUAAAACAGAAAGCUAACGAGCAAACUGUAUUGGUUGAAAAUCUUCUCGAGAUGAUUUUGGACGUUCAAAGCGACCAGAGUUGUAUUGUGAGGAAGAUCGCGUUGCAAGGUCUUGGUUAUGCGGCAGAAUUGUCCAAUACGGACCUGAUUUCACGGCAUUGCAACCCCAUUUUGAGCGUGAUGAUGAAUAGUUUGGAUUACAACAUUAUUGGCAAUGAAAGUUCCGUUAUCUUGGAAGGUAUGCAAACGUUUUCAAAGCUACUUACAGCUCUGGAAGGUUACAAAUUUAGUUCGUUCCAAGUGACUGCAGCAGUUAGGAUCAAACCUCUAUUGGGCCAGGAAGAUGUCCAUCUUAGAAGAGCUUCGUUUAAACUUUUGGGAGACUUAACGGCAUCCCUGAAUUCCGAAGCAAAUAUGGAAGCAUUUAAAGAGCAAAUUCACGGGAAUGUUAUAACAUUAAUGCUGCAUCUAUGUGAUCCAGAUGUAACAGUUAUUAAGGCUUGCAAAUAUACUUUGAGGAAAGUUGGGCCUCACUUGAACAGCCCCAAAGUAAAUUGCAUGAUACAAGAGCAUUUGAUAGAUGAGGCAAACUUACACUUCUCCGAUUUUAUAAAAGACCUUAUUAAACUUAUGGCUGAAGAAGUUCAGGAUCUCUUUCCCUUACUGGUUAUGACUUGCCUAUCGUAUUUCAAAAGUCAGUGGGUCGAAAUAAGGAGCAACGCAGCCCUAGUUUCAGGGCUCUUGUAUUCGCAAUUGGCAGCGGAAAACAAAAACAGAGUAUCAGUGGACACGGUCUGUGAUAGGUUGAUGAAAUUGUUGACAGAUGAAAACGAGACUGUGAGGAUGAGGGCCGUAGAAGCGAUGGCUUAUUUGUUUUUGAAUUAAAAGUUUUAUACAAAUUUUAAAGCGUUGGAUUUUAAUGAUCCAAGUUUAAUUAGUUAUUCCAGAGGUUUGUUUAUGUAUAAAAUUAAGUUAGACUAGUCAUUAAUAUGGAGAUUCGAUUUUAUCAAAUGUUGUUUUUAUAUUAUGUUGUGACUAAAAUUUAAUAUAUC